UCAAAGGUGUUGGAGGCUCCAAGGAAAAAAUGCAGCAAUCGGGCAUGUUUUUUAUUUUAAUGGCUUUUCUGCUGGCCUCUCAAGAGAUUUCUGGAGAAAUCGCCACCGAAGUGCAGAAUGCAGUGGAGUUGCCCAAGUGUUUUAGCUGUGAGGGCAUUAAUUGUUUGAGAACUACCCUCCAGAAUGCCACCAUUAGCUGCACUGAUAAGUUGGAUGUCUGCGUUACUAUUUACGAGGAUUUUGCCGUCAGUGAGCGGGGCUGUUUCUCCCAGAUUUCUUUGGCUGGUCAGGCAAAAUGUGCGGCCAAGGACGAUCAAUGUCAAAAGUGCAGUGGUCAACUAUGCAAUAAUCAAGGACGCAGAGAUUUUAGGUGCAUUCAGUGCAUAGGUUCUGAUUCUGCCUCAUGUAACAAGGGCGCCACCUCCUCACUAACCGCCUCCCAAUGUGGCCUUCCCACCUCCGCCAAUUCAUACUGUUACGUCAAGGUCGUCGGCGAUAAGAAGGAUAACCUGCAAAGAGGAUGUGCUCUGUCUGUGAAGGAACAAAAAUCCUGCCUGGAGGACUCGGAAUGUUCCCUUUGUCUGCCGGAUAACUCCAGUGAUUCCGUGGCCUGCAAUAAUUUCGAUUUGGAAUUGGGCUCAAAAUCAGGAGCUGACCAAAGUCAAAAAUUCAUGAGUUUGAGCCUUGCUUUCUUCGCCUUGUUCAUGCUUAAAAUGCUGAAUUGAAUUUUAAAAAAUAAAUUA